UCUUUUGCUCGUCCUCGUGUUGACUGUGCUGCUGAAAUUUAUUUGGUUUUGCAUAAGGAUUUAAAUAAACAAAUUAAAGCAGGAUGAGUUUGUAUAAUUUUAAGAAAAUAAUGGUGGUUCCGCCAGCAAAGGACUUUAUCGACAUUAUGCUGUCGAAAACGCAACGUAAAACUCCAACUGUGGUUCACAAAGGCUAUAAGAUUUCUCGGAUACGAGCGUUCUACACGCGCAAGGUGAAAUACACGCAACAAAAUUUCCAUGAUCGCUUGUCACAAAUUAUUCAAGAUUUCCCUAAACUAGAUGAUGUCCAUCCUUUCUACGCGGACUUGAUGAAUGUGUUAUAUGACAAAGAUCAUUACAAAUUAGCUUUAGGUCAAUUAAAUACAGCCCGUCAUUUAAUCGACAAUGUAGCUAAAGAUUAUGUGCGCUUGUUGAAAUAUGGUGAUUCUCUGUAUCGUUGCAAACAAUUGAAAAAAGCUGCGUUAGGUCGCAUGGCUACUAUUACGAAACGUCAAGCUUCCAAUCUAACAUAUCUGGAACAAGUACGCCAACAUUUGUCACGUUUGCCUACGAUUGAUCCUUACACGAGAACGAUCAUUAUCUGUGGCUUUCCAAAUGUAGGCAAAUCUUCAUUUAUUAAUAAAAUUACAAGAGCCGAUGUUGAAGUGCAACCUUAUGCUUUUACCACAAAGUCCUUAUACGUUGGUCAUAUGGAUUAUAAAUAUCUAAGGUGGCAAGUUAUUGAUACUCCUGGCAUUUUGGAUCACCUUUUGGAAGAGCGUAAUGUCAUUGAAAUGCAAGCCAUUACGGCUUUGGCCCAUUUGCGUGCAUGCGUUUUAUACUUUAUGGAUAUAUCCGAGCAAUGUGGUCAUUCUUUGGAAGAGCAGAUAAAACUGUUUGAAAAUAUUAAACCUUUAUUUAGCAAUAAACCUUUAAUCAUUGCUGUUAACAAAAUUGAUAUUCUUGGAGUCGAUGAUUUGAUGAAGGAGAAGCGUGAAGCUAUUCAAAAGCUGGAAGAAGAUAAAACUGUGCCGGUUAUGUUCUUAUCUACAGUAAAUGAAACAGGCGUUAUGGAAGUAAAAAUGGAAGCUUGCGAACGUCUACUAUCCUACAGGGUGGAUCAAAAAAUGCGCACCAAAAAGGUAGACAAUAUACUUAAUCGUUUGCACGUCGCUAUGCCAGCUCCAAGGGAUGAUAAAGUUCGUGCUCCUUGUAUACCCAAGCAGGCCUUAGUGCGUUUGGAGAAAAAUGCUGCGAGAGCUGAACGCAAACGUAAAUUGGAGAAAGAAAUCGAAGAGGAAAUGGGAGAUGAUUAUGUUUUGGAUUUGAAAAAGAAUUAUCACGAUAUACCGGAAGACGAGCGUUACGAUAUUAUUCCAGAAUUCUGGGAAGGUCAUAAUAUUGCCGAUUAUAUUGACGAAGAUAUAUUCAAGAAACUCGAGGAGCUUGAACGGGAGGAAGGUCUGCGCGAAGAGGGUGGGGUUUAUCAGCCACCUGAUUUAUCUAUGGAUGCAACAUUGAAAGAGAUUCGAGAAAUGGCUAAGAAGAUACGCGCUAGGCGUUUCGAUUUGCGUGAUGAUAAGCGAUUGGCUUCUAAGAAGAAUAAACCAGCUAUGCCGCGCCAUAAACAAGCUAAAGUGCGAGAUCGUUCAGUGACAAAAUUGCGCGAAACUAUGGAAAAUCUGGGUGUAGACAUGUCUGGCACCGAAAACGCUAACUUCACUAAAUCGGUAGUUGAUUUGAGAAGAGGCUUAGUACCAGUAGGCGCCGGAAAGAAAGUAAGCAUUUUAAAGAAACCUCUGCUAGACAAAGAAUCUUCAGCCAUAGUGAAAAAGACCGGUCAGCCAUUGAAACGCAAGCCGUCGCGCGACAACAUGGGUGUUAAAAAUGUGGCCAUGAAAAAGAAAUUACAGGUUAUGGCCCGCAGAGACAUUGCUAAGAAGGUUUCCCGUCUAUGUUUGAAAGGCGAAGCCGAUCGCUUCAUUGGUACUAAAAUGCCAAAACAUUUGUAUGCUGGCAAGCGUGGUGUUGGCAAAGCAGAUCGACGUUAAUACGGCAAAAGCUUUAAGAUCGACUUUAUUGUUCGUUCUUUUUUAAAAAAAAUUUUUUUUUUAUUUAAUAAACGAAAUGAAAUUUAUAUUAAAUUUUA